AUGGCUGACGAAUUAGCUCGCGUGCAGCAAUAUGAGUACAGACAGAAUUCCACCAACUUGGUAUUACAAGUGGACUAUAAUCUCACUGACCGUCGUGGUCGUGAAGAGCCCACCGGCGAAGUUCUUCCACUCUCUGAUCGAGUUCUGAAAGGAAUGAAAAUGGGUGAUAAAUAUAUGCGUACGAAGGCACCCAUUCAAGAGCAGAAGAAAAAGCGAAAGAAGAAGACGGAAGAGGAAGAUUUCCGACUGAUGUCUAAAUCAUUAUUCUUGCUUUCAUCCAGGAAGCAAUUGGUGAUCAGCCUCGUGCAAUAUCUUUGCGUGGAAGGCUUCGCUGAUGAAGUUCUUGCUGUGUUGAAAUCGGACAAAAUACGAGAGAAAGAAAAGAAGAAAGAGGAUGAGCUUGAUGAGAAUGAAGGUGUCAAUGUGCACUUUGAUGAAUCAGACGAAGAACAAGAUGCCGUCAUCGAUGAAAUCAAAAAUGUCGAUGAAAGCUCCAGUGACGACGAAGGUGGAGUAGAGGCUGAACAUAACGAAACCCUUCGAGGUGGAGGUUUCAACGAA